AUGGCGACGGGGGAUGGAGCGGAGGGGACUGGCAGAAGAGGGGUCCCUUCCCUGCUCGCCGACGGCGGGACCGGGCAGGAGGAGCAUAUCGCCUCCGACGUCACCCAGGCAAGCCUCGACCUCUUCCCCUGUAUAUCGGCUCUGACGGAGGUUGAGGUGGUAGGGUGGACGCCGCUGAUCGAGCUGAAGCGGAUCUCCGGGAAGGAGGGGGUGGGUGCCCGCAUCGUCGGCAAGAUCGAGGCCUACCAGCCCCUCUGCUCCGUCAAGGACCGCAGCGCUCUCAGGAUGAUCGAGGAUGCUGAAGAGAAGGGGCUGAUUUCACCCGGUGUCACGACUCUAGUCGAGCCGACCAGCGGUAAUUUAGGCCUUGGAUUGGUUCUGGUUGCUCUUAGCAAAGGCUACAGGUUCGUCGCGGUGAUGCCGGGCCAAUACUCGCUUGAUAAGCAGAUCUUGUUGAGAUACAUGGGUGCUGAGUUGUUCAUAACUGAUCCAACACUUGGGUUUCCGGGACUAGUCGACAAGGUCGAACAGCUCAAGAAAGAAUUACCGAACGUACACGUUCUUGAUCAGUUCGCAAAUCCAGCAAAUCCUGAUGCACACAUCAGAUGGACUGGACCUGAGAUUUGGAAGGAUACUGCUGGCAAGGUGGACAUAUUCGUUGCUGGUUCAGGCUCAGGAGGUACAGUAUCUGGUGUCGGAAAGUAUCUGAAGAUGCAAAACCCAAAUGUGAAGAUCAUUUGUGUGGAACCUGCAGAGAGUCCAGUUAUUUCAGGUGGGGAACCAGGAAAACAUAAAAUCCAGGGAAUAGGACCAGGAUUCUUACCUGAGAUCUUGGACACCUCGAUCAUCGAUGAGACGGUCACCGUGACCACCGAGGACGCAAUGACGAAUGCGAGGAGGUUGGCAAUGGAAGAAGGCCUGCUUGUGGGCAUAUCUUCUGGGGCAAACCUGGCAGCUUGCUUGAAGGUCGCAGCAAGAGAAGAGAACAAGGGGAAGAUGAUUGUGACCAUGUUCCCGAGCGGGGGCGAGAGAUACAUGAACUCUGACCUCUUUGCAGCUAUAAUCAUGCCACAACGGCACUAA